AAACCGUUUUUUGGGGAUCAACACUGCGUUACGAAAUGAUCCCUACGACACGAUUGCUAUCCAUGUCCUCAAAAGCUGCUGCAGCUAGCUAGAUAAUAUUAGCUAGGCUAACGCGUUGCGAUAGAGGGACCAUAGCUUGCUAACUCGCUAGCUAGUUUUCUCCUACUGUUUGCAUUUUCUCUUGUCCUCACUAUCGUGUUUUACUUGUACCUUUCCGUUACAGCCCACGUCUCUACAGUAACAUUAUGGUAUACUGUGUCAAUAGGCUUUUCUGUAACUAGUUUGCAUAGCUAGUUUAGUAAGUUUUAAACCCAACUAGCUAACGUUAGCGUCUAGCCCACGACAUUUUCAACACGUAGCUAGCUAACGUUAGCCCUCUGCGGAACCCUACUAUCAAAUCAAGCUUUUCCCCCAGUUUCGUUUUUACUAACUUGAGCAGCUAGUUAUCUGGAAUACGAUGGCUUCUUCGUCGGGAAACGAUGACGACCUCACCAUUCCUAGGGCAGCCAUCAACAAAAUGAUCAAAGAAACUCUGCCCAACGUACGGGUUGCCAACGAUGCAAGAGAGCUUGUUGUGAACUGCUGCACAGAGUUCAUACAUCUAAUCUCAUCAGAGGCGAAUGAAAUAUGUAACAAGUCUGAAAAGAAGACCAUAUCACCUGAACAUGUCAUUAAUGGUUAGUAUCUUUUUCUUUUUUUAUUCUGUAUCAACAGGUUUGAAAAUGUAUUCAGUUGUAAUGUGUAGGUGUGUUUUCCCUUCCUGCCUGCCAUGUGUUUUGAAGUUGAUGCAGGUAUGCACUUGCCUGGCCCCUUAUCUGUAAACCAGGUUAGCUAUAGCAAACCAAUCUGGAACCAGGUUAGCUAGUUAUGCACUAGGAAGUCCAACAAUAAUCAAGUGAUGAGACUGUUGAAUGUUGAUUAAAUGUCUGUUUCCUUUUCCCCAACAUUGUUUCUGUUAUUUUUUCCCCUAACCAUAUCCUCUUCUCCACAGCACUUGAAAGCCUGGGUUUUGCAUCGUACAUCACAGAGGUGAAGGAUGUCCUGCAGGAGUGUAAAACAGUAGCACUUAAGAGGAGGAAGGCCAGCUCUCGCCUGGAAAACCUGGGCAUCCCAGAGGAAGAGCUCCUCAGACAACAGCAGGAACUAUUUGCUAAGGUAAGAAUCAAAUGUCAUGACCUGGUUAACCAGACUGACCACCGCCAGUUUACAAGAAAUAUAACCUACCUGUGUAAGGAUCAAGAAGGAUAACCUGUUUAUGAUUCAGACCAUUUCUUGCCACAUCUCUGGCUCUGCACUUUGAUAGAUCACCUUCACCAGGAAUUGUUAGCCGCAGUAUACAAACAGAUAUCUGUCUACAGCGUGACAAAAGCUCAAAUCAUGUAUAUUUGUUUUGGUAACAUUUAGUAGAUAUUCUAGGUCGAGUGGCUCCCCUGCUUUGCUGUCUGCAUCUAUCUCUGACCAUGUCUAAUUGAUUGGUGGACUGACUGUAUUUACUGUGUUCCAGGCACGGCAGCAGCAGGCCGAGCUGGCCCAGCAGGAGUGGCUCCAGAUGCAGCAGGCUGCCCAGCAGGCCCAGUUGGCUGCAGCGUCCGUCAGCGCUGGACAGCAGGCUGGCUCCUCCCAGGACGAGGAUGAUGAGGAUGACAUGUGAUUAUGAAGAUGAUCCCUGGGUCUAGGCUUGAAUCUGGGCUGCAACAUCCAAAACAUUUGCAACAGAUAAUAAAAACAAGCAUUUCUUAUUGGAU